CACACGCUGUCUGCAGCUUCCGCAACCAUCACAGAUGUGCGGAUGGCUGGACAUCGGCAGCCACAAGUGACCAAUUUAGUGCGGUCUCAGCCUCCAUUGACCCCUCCGCCAGCUUUGCCUGCCUUGCACCCGGACUCGACCUAGCGACGCGCCGGCCCGUCUUGAGACAUCAUCGUGCAAAAAGAUGACGGCCCCAAUUCAGUCCAUCACCUUGCCCUCGUCAGAGACUCGUACAAGUCCAUCACCUAAGCAUACUGUCUACGCUCUGCGCGUGGCUCUGCCAGUCCGCAGCUGGACAGUCUGGCGUCGUUACAGCGAAUUCUUAGCGCUUCAUACCACGCUGAGUAGCUUGGGUAAUCCGCCUGCUGCUUUCCCACCCAAGCAUGCGGCUAGAAACACCAUCCGUGCCAUCGGUUCCUUAGGCGGUCUCUUGAGCCGCGAAGCAGCCGUGGCACGCACGAACAAGCCAGCAGAAGAUGAAGAGACGAGAGAGAGGCGGGCCGGCUUGGAACGGUACAUGAGAGCAAUCCUCAGCUGUGCCGACUCGAGGUGGAGACAAGCACCGGAGUUUGCCACAUUUAUCGAAUUGGCGCCUAGCGACAAAAAGGCCCUGUCUGUAGCAACACCCGCUUUACCCAGCCAAGAUGCCUCGGGCUCCGGGAAACCAGGGUCGCAACGCAUCACAGCACCGAGGCAGCCUUAUGUGCCAGGGUCGUAUGCUGGGCAAGCCCCCAAUCGGCCGCAUCAAGGCGCGACCAGCAGGACGUUGGGUGCCCCGCCCCCGCCAGUCGAGACUCAUCAGACACGGGCUCUAGAUGACGAAGGACUGGUCAAGCUGCAGCAAGGACAGAUGGACUCGCAGGAUGCUCGCUUGGGAGACUUGGCGGCGGUGCUCCGCAGACAGAGGCAAAUAGGCUUGGCUAUCAAUCAAGAGCUGCAAGAACAAACGGAUAUGCUGCGCGGACUAGGAGAGGAAGUGGAUCAGGUGGAGAGCAAGAUGACGGGCGCCGAAAGACAGAUGGAUAGGCUGUGAUGGCUUCAACGCGCAUGUCUUUGGCCCGCAUCCGCAGCGCCAGACCCACUCGGACGGCCGACAGCGCAUACAUCUCGCAAACACGAAUCAUGCGAGUGGCUUGCGCUCACUCGCACUCUUGAAUGGGGCUCAACUCACGUCACUCGUCAAGACAGAGGCGUGCAGUACUCGCACGGUUUACAUUGCUGACCCCGAGGUCAU